UAAAGUAGCCUCUGUGCUGUGUGGACAGUAAUCAUGAAUUAAAGCAAUGUACAAGUUUGAACAUGCGGAUUGCACAAUUUUCCUCUUUUUCUGUAUGAAUAACUAAACAAAAUUAUAUUAAUCGGCCAUGAUUUAAUCCAUUAAUUUUUUAAUUGAUAAUUUAAAUAAGAAUAUAUUAUGGAGGCUUGCAAAGAAUUGAAAGAAAAGUACGAUCGUUGUUUUAAUGAUUGGUUCUCUGAGAAAUUUCUGCAUGGAAUCAAUGACGAUAGUGAAUGUGCAGCUUUACUUAAAGUUUAUACCAAAUGUGUAGCGCAAGCCAUGAAAGAUCAGAACAUAAAUCUGGACGAAGUGAAUGUAGCUCAUUUGGGAACAGAACAAGAGAAGAAAAUUGAAAAUUGACAAUUAUGAUUUUAAUAGGAUUUUCUCUUAAUUUUUCUUAUGGAUGUGUUAUAUAUAUAUUUAAAUAAAUCAUUAUUUUUAUCAUAAAACAAUUUACACAAUUGUGUUCUCAUUAUCAUCAAUAAGCACAAAUAUGAACAUCAA